ACGCGCUGCCUCGCCUCCCUCCUGCACGCCGUCUCCAUGGAAACCUUCCUGAGAGGUAAAUACACAAGUCUGUAGUAUCAGAGGAGAGCACCGCAGUCACCGGCACUAGCCAGCCCGCGGCACAGGAGGACCAAGCUGGGAGAGUCACGGUGAGACCGCACUCUGCAUACGCUCCAAAGAUGAGUGACGUCCGAGAAUUGGCUCCAGAGGAAGGCGGAAAACAGCCUGGUACUGGUCAGGAAGGCAACAGAGAGCCUGGUACAGGUCAGGAAGAUUCUAGAGAGCCUGGUACAGGUCAGGAAGAUUCUAGAGAGCCUGGUGCUGGUCAGGAAGGUUCUAGAGAGCCUGGUUCCAGUCAAGCAGGUGACAGAGAGCCGAGCACUGGUCAGGAAGAUGCCAGAGAGCAUAGUACCAGUCAGGAAGACGCCAGAGAGCACAGUAUCGGUCACGGAGGUGACAUAAAGCCAAGUACUGGUCAAGAAGGUGAGGAGGAGCCUGGUACGUUGGUGGACGUGGAAAGGGAACAGAGUGCAGUGGAAGAAGAGGGCAGGAGCGCUGCAAAUGAAGAGAGCGAUUUAUCACAGCAGCAGUGGGAAGAAGUGACAGAAAGUAUGUCCUCUGUGCUCAGUCCUGCAUCUGCAGAGCAAGCUGUGAUCCCAGAGAAUGGGGAGCUCGAGGCAAUUGUAGAUGAAGACCAGCUGGAUCCAUAUACCCCAGAGUAUCAGGAGACAACCAGUUAUCCCCCUAAGGAUCAGGAGGAGGAUACCCAGCCUCAUUCAGACAAACAGGAGGAAGACGAUGAACUCCAAGAGGAAGCUGAGCAGUCACUGGACAACACUGAGCCACAGGAGAGCCCAAGGGACACAUUUGAAGGCAACCAAGCUCAAGAAGUGCUAAUCCAACAGUAUCAAGCUCUGGUUUUGGAAAGGGAAAAGGUCCAGCAGCAGAACACUCAGCUGCAACAUAAAUUGUAUGAGUAUUUUCGCCGAAAGAAAGGGGAAGAAGCACGGCCAGAGACAGAGAAGCACAUCUCUGAUCAGGAGCAACGUUACCUCAAGUACCUGACCACCCUGGAGGAGAUGAGGAAGAAGUACAAAGAAGAUGCUGCUUGCCACGAACAACAGAUUGAAGAACUCCGGGUACAGUGUCAGGAGGUUGUAAGUCAAAUAGACAGGGAGUGGGCUGCUUUCCAAGAGCAGAAGAAGAAAGUCGCCUUAUAUGGGGGCAGCAGACGAGGUGCCGGGAAGCAUGCAACGUCUUCAUUUGCCCAGGAAGUGGAACAGCUGCAGUCCAAGGAAGAGCGCAAGGAGAAAGAAGUCAUUCAAGUUCGUCUAGAGAACAUCAAGCUAAAGAAUCAAAUAUACCGACAUGAAUCUGCUUUACGUUCCAGAGAAGAGUUAGCAGAUGGUUUGCACCUUAUCGACUUUGAGCAGCUCAAAAUUGAAAACCAGACAUACAAUGAGAAAAUUGAAGAAAGAAACGAGGAGCUCCUGAAGCUCAGGAAAAAGAUUACUAACACAGUGCAAGUGCUUACCCACCUGAAAGAGAAACUACAAUUUGUCCAGGCAGAAAACCAACAACAGAAAGAUAAACUUAUGGAAGUAGAGGCGCUGGUGGCAAGCAAGAGGGACAUUUUGACUAAAACCAAACAGGCUAGAGACAGCCUGAGGAUGGACAACCUGAAACUAAAGCAGAAGUGUGGCCUGCUCGGCAACAAGGUUCUUCUUAGAGACUUUGAGGACAAGGUAGAUGCUACAGAGAAUCUUAGUCGGAGAUUGGAGAACCUGCAGCGCCAUCACGCUGAGCUAACUCUUUCCAGUAAAGGCAUAAUUAAGAAAAUUAAGGAAGCAAAGCUUGUUUUGGAAGGUUAAAGGCUCCCAAACGUACUGAUAUCAAUGAUGCUGUGUGCAAAAAUCUAUCACAAAACUAUAAAUUGUAUCAUUUUUAUUCUAUAUUAAAACUAUAUAUAGUUCCA